AGUGACAGCUGCUAAAUAUUGACAAAUGACAAAGUAAAUGUCACAUCACAAUUCGAGAUUCGAGUUUUAUAGUGGAAACAAAAUCAGACUGUAAUUAAGUCCAAUUUAAAAAUUAGUAAUGUCCUCACUCUGGACUAAACGGAAAAGUCGAUUUCGUGAGUGCUGUUUGUGGUAAAUUGUGGAAUAAUGAUAUUUUUCAUGUCCCCUGGUUAAAAAUUAAAAAUUCUAAUCAUGAAUGGAACUACUUUAAUUGAGGAUGGGUCGGUAGUUGAUCGAAGGCCUAUAAUAACAUGUGCUGGGGAACUGGAAGUUUUUUCUUCAUUUGAGGACAGUUUGGUACAGGCCUUACCUCAGGAUUAUUGUGAUUGGAGAAGAUCCCUCGGUCGCCCUAUCAGACCAGUCCAUAUUGGAGCAAAUUUUAUCCCAUUCAGUCCAGCAGCCCUACCGAAAGUAAAUCAAUGGGAUUUAAUACGGCAGCCUCUGUUUCACAUCUAUUGGACGGAAUGUACGGAUGUGGACAUUUAUAAAACUUCUCUUAGAGAAGAUAUUGAAAACUGGCUGAAAGAGUUAACUGCUAAGGAUAUUCAAGAUUGGUUAAUCGUGGUUGUUGAGAAUUAUGAUGGAAAAAGAGCUAAUAAAUUGCUUCCCAGAACAACUGUUUUAGAUAAAAUAAGAGCUGAUUUUGCUCCUAAACAAGGAGAUCGUUGUAUUUCUGUGAUAAAUCCUGGAAAAUUGGAAUCACGUUCAGCAGAUUCUUGGAGAGGUUUAGUAGCCCGUAUAAGGCACUUGUUGUUAGUUUCUUAUGCCAGAGCAGUUUCUCGCUUAGAGGAUCAUGUUAGGCAGCAAAGAGAAAGAAGAAAUGAAAUUGGAUGGGAUUUUAUGCAGUAUUUUCAGCUGCAGGAAGAAUUAGCGCAGGUAUUGGAAAUGUUAGGAUUGAACGAUGAAGCUCUUGUACAGUAUGAUGAACUAGAUGCUCUUUUCUCUCAGUUUGUGGUCAAUGGAAUUACAAGUGAAUGUGUUAACUGGUUGCAUAAAUUCCAGAAACCUCUUGAAAAAUGGCAUGGGUUGAAAUUGGGACCAUCGAAAUUAACAAAUAAUCCAUCUAUAUUAGAACUGAGAGCUUAUCUUUUUGCCAAACAAGCUCAUAUGUUGUUGCUCACCAACAAAGUUUGGGAGAUGGCUGCUCGCUGUUUACCUUUUCUACACACUUGUACUAGAGAAUUAGCAAUUUUAGAAAUAUCAGCGCCGCCUGGAGCUGUAGCCUGUUGGCUAUUCUUAGCCAGCAUGGAAGUUCUUCAGACUUGCGAUAAAUUUAACCAUGCAGAUGAAGUUGAAGAUUACUCUCUGCAUACAGCUAGUUUAUGGGAAUAUUCUAGUCAAAAGAUACGCAGUCUAGGUAGACUGUGUGGUUUGUUACCAGGGGAUGUACCGAAUUCAGAACAACUUCAUACAGUUGUAUUGUUAUCUGCAGGUAUGGGUGAUGAUCCAGGUACACCGAAUCACUUUUCACCUACUGAUAAACUUAAGGAAGCUUUAUGCUCGCAAGAUGCUUUUAAUAAAACCUACUUGGAAUUGGCGGAGCUAGCAAUGGGCACCUACAAACAUAUAGGACGUUUGAGAUCAGCCAGGCUUGUAGGAAGAGAGGUGGCAUCAUUUUAUAUGUUGCUGGGUGAAACCCAGAAAGCUGCAGCUUUCCUUGGUGAUGCUUUGAGAACGUUUGAACAAGACAGUUGGCAUGAACUGGCUGCCCAGACACAAAUUGAAUUGGCUGAAUGUUUUAAGAAAGCUAAAGAUGUAAGGAAGUUAGUCAGUGCCAGUGCAUUUGUAUCUGCUGCUUUAGAAAUUGAUACUUUGAUUCGUUGGACCUACUUCGAUGAAAUGCGCAAAUCUUUGGACUCUCUUGUUAAUCCUUUAGUAGUGCCUUUCAAUGAUAUUAUAAAGAUAGUUAGUGUCAGUUUAAAAAGUGACAGUGUUAUUAUGCAAGAUAGUUUGAUUAACGUUGAACUUGUGAUAGAAUCAAAUUUCCCCCGAGAAAUUGUGUGUACAAAUUUAUUAAUCUCGUUAGAAGUUGACAAUAAAGAGAAUAAGAAACUGACUGAAAAGUACGUUUCUAGCAAAGUGUUAACUGGGAAGGAUUUAAAGUUGCAGAAUCCAAUGUUGCAGAGGCUACGGAUAAAGAGAAAUUUGGAUUAUAAACAGGAUAAACAGUUAGCUACUGCUGGAAUUGCGUCAAAAUUUACUGAACUUAAGAGAAAAGACAGUGCUGCGCCUCAGACUCAAGGAGACUUUAGCUAUUGCUUGGAAGUUUACAGCUUGCCAUUACUCAUAACCCCAGGAUUAAACAUAAUAAGACUGAAGAAGCAAGCCACCAGGGUUGGAAAAUUUUAUCUAGGGCAAGUGGCAAUACACAUUAAAAACUUACAUUUAAUUUCUGCUCCCCUUAUACCAAGGCUGGCAUUGGAAAUCAAAGAAGAAGGUCCUUCUCUAAAAUUGUACAAAAGAGCUGCCCCGUUACUGUCAGGGAUCGAACAAAUUAUGAAUUUAAUAUUAACUAUAGGAAGUUAUUCAAUUGAACCAAAGUCUAAAAUAAAACUAACCGCUUCACCAGGUCUGACUCUUCAGGUCAAGGAGGGUGAAACUUUAACAACGACUCUAGAUUUCGAGGUGGGUCACAAUGUCCCUUUUACAAGUACCAGAAAGCGACUUCGGGUAUUAGCCGACAUGCUGUCAAAAGACCACCAAGUAACUAUUCACUGCCCCUGGACUACUAAGCCGAUUGUCGUGGCGCUUAAUUUUACUCCUCCUCUUACAGCUAUCUGGAGGUUACACACAGUAUUACAUAGAAAGUUUAUCCACAUUACCGUGACAGGGCAGUGCGAAAAAGACUUAAUCAUAGAUCAAGCUGUACUCAAGGUCGGAGGUGGUUGCACAGUGGUGGGCAAAAACUGUGAAUCUAGUCAAAUUAUUUCUAACGGGUUAACCUUUUCAUAUGUAUGGGAGUUAUUGGUCAAUCCAGAUGAUUCAUCAUCUAUAAUUAAAGCAGAAUUUUCUGUGAGGUACAAAUUAGAUGAAAACGAUAAUGACAAUAAACUUUACCAGUACUUUUUCGAUAUAAGUGACUGUCAGACUCUCUAUAUAUUAGACGCCAACGUAGAACCGGCCAAAGGGAGUGAAUUUUGUAGAGUUGGUAUUGUUUGCCAUUUAAAUCUUUCUAUGAAAAACGCAGGUCGAACUCUGCAGACAAACAAUAAUGUGAAAUCCGUAAUGUACGAAGUACUUGCAGAACAGAGUGUGUGGGCAGUUUGUGGAAGAACAGCUGGUGUGGUAUGUUUUGAUACAGACGAAGAGCUGCAAACUGUGGUGUUGGAUGUAAUGCCUCUUACCAGCGGUCAUUUACCCUUACCUCUGGUUAGAAUUUCCAAAUAUAUUCCAGCGGAAUUUGGGAGUUCAGAAAAAUCAAAUAAAGGGGAUACCCAUCCACGGUUAGAACCUUUCAGUCCAGGUCAAGUCUACAAUAAGAGCAAAGGAAAGCAAUUGCACGUAAUAGCAGCCUUAACUGAAGGUUAUCAGUAAAUUUCCAAAGUCCUACUUGUUGAUUAUAAAUUUUAUAAAAUUUAUAUUUAACUACUACAUUACUUAUAUUAAUUUGUCAAAUGUUUGACUGAUUUUGUGCCAAUUUAUGUUACUUGCCGAACAUACACAUAUAGGUAGGUAUAUGUACACAGAUAUAUGAUUUUUUCUUAUUUUAUUGAUCAUCACUGUGCAAUAUGUGACUCCAAACAUGUCAGAUAUUAAGUAUAAAUAAUUUUUCUUGGUUAAGGAGAAUUGAAGAACUUGUAAGUAAAGAGUUUAUUUUUUUAUGUAAGGUAAAAGUUUAUAUUAUGUCAUAUGUAUGUUGUAUAUUAUUGGUGUAAAUAUUUAUUUCGGUAUUUAUAAGUGAUAUAAAUAAAUGUAUAUUUAUUAUUUGUUAUGAAGUAGUAAUGUUUAUUCAAUUCUUAAAAUUUCCACUUUUGUUAUUGCAAAGCUGUACAUAAAUGUUUAUUUUUCGAGACCAAAUAUCUUUGUAAUAUUGAAAAGUAGUAUAAUAUAAAUACAAGUUUUAUUUCAGAAAUUAUACCAAAAAUUAUUUUUCAGUAAGCGGCAUAUAAUCACAUGCAAAAAAAUCAUUUUUGAUAAAAAGAAAACUUCAUUAUUGUCCAUUUGACAUAUUCUUAUUUGGAAGAAAUAAAAACGUUUAGAAACUAUAAUUUUUCAUAUUCCUAUUUCAUUUAUAUUCCUAAAUAGACGAUAAAAGUUUAAUAGAGGGGAAAUACAAUUAGUAGUAUUGUCUU